AUCGCCGAACUCUGUGGAGCGGGGGACGCUUCAGCCGCGACAGACGACAAGACGCCACAACAGCAGCACGGUAUGCUGCCGCUCGCAUCGCGCACGAUUUUCGGCCAUGGCGACUGGCCUCUCGAGCAUGCCCGAAGUAGCCUCUCGUGAACAGCAGAGGCGUGUGAAUCAAGAAAAGGCCGACCAUGGAUCCCUUGCCGAAAAAAAUCGGAAUCAUGCUGGUAUUUUUUUUAUCCGUCAUAGUCUCGUCUCACUCUUGAUCGUCUCCCUCGCAGCUUCUCUUCAUCCAACUAGUACUCACAUGAAAAUACAAUUGAUUCCCAACUUACUAGAAGACAUUCUCAAUGCCAGCCGCUAUGCGGAGACUCAUAGGGAAGUAGUAUCUCGUGAACACAGGCAGAGUGUGAGUCAGAAGCUCGGCGCCACAUAUGAUGGCUAUUGUAUUCUUUUCUCAAAAAUAGUUGGCCUCUCACAAAGUCAGUUGCUUUGUGUUUGUGGAAUGUAUAUGAAAAUGAUUGUGAUUCCUGAACAAGAUCUAUAAUGCUUUCACUUCCUUGACUUUGUAUCAACCAAGAAGAGCACCCAUUCCUAUACUUGCAACUUACUACUUCCCGUUCCCGUCCAUACUUUAAUCAUGUGGAUUGUUAUUGUUUCUCCCCGCAUACGUUUUUCUUGAUACGAAUACAAGAUUCUUUUUGCUUUUCCUUGAUAUAAAUCCAAACCAUUCUACCUCUACAGAUCGUCAUAUUGUUCCGACCAGCGAGGAUAAAGCGCGAGGCGAUGCCUUAAGGGCGGCAAUGGAGAGGGAGGUAUUAUGUCUUCGUACAAGAGCACGAUUGUCAUUAUGGUUGUCGGCCUUCGCGCCCAAAAUAAGUAUAUUCGUUGUGCGUAUCUCUAUCUUUCUAUUGUUCACUGUAAUGCAACUCAGGAGUUUAUUCUCAUAAAGUCGAAAUGUCAGAGAUGAUGCACGACAGCCAAGAACUUCCAUAAUAUGAGAGUACAACAUAAUUUUUAGGAACGGGAAAAGAUAGCGGGAAAUAAGAAGAAGGAGCUGUCAGAGGCUGAGAAGGCUUAAGGCUACCUCUAACCCAUCUCCAUAACAGGGAUCCCUCAACGUUAUACACAGGAUAUUAAGUUAUGUCUUUGAGGGAAGAUUUCCACAGGGCGAGGGAAGAUGAGAUAGGGGUAGCUCCAAAAGACCCUGCUGAAGAAGGCGGAGGAUAUUCUUGCCAAACUACGGGGAAUGUGGCACGGGAAUGAAGUGCGUAUGAAGGAGUUGGGCACUAAAAUCGAGCAGUUCCGGGAAGCGAGACAGAAGCACGCAGCAGCCGAAGCUGAGAUGAACACUAAGGGUUCUCCUUAUUAUAGCUGUGCUGAAGAGCCCGUCCUGGAGUAGCCUUGUGUAUGUGUUGGCCAUGACUGUAAUCCGAUCAAGAUCCACAAAGGCCCAAAGGAUAGGCCACAGAAAUGACUAAGACCGCCAGGCGAACGAGGUAACCCAUGGGCAGCAUUUGACUUCCAUCGCGCUGGCCAUACUUGGCGCGGGUGUCUGUGGUUUUCGCGCCUCCAGAAAACCCGCCUAGGCCACUAUCCAAACGCCUGACGGGUUUGCCGUUGCGCGGGUGCCUCUGGUUUCUCCUCUCCCUCGUUCGCUGUUUCAAUCUCUCAGCCCAGUCAAGGGCAAAGCCCCACCAGAAAGACCUCAAGGAGGCCGGUAGGCUUUCGCAAACGCGUAGGGCCCCAAAGCCAACGACCAACAGGCGCAAGGCCUUCAGCGUUGCGCUUCCAGAUAGAAGAAGUAGCGCCUGCACAUAGAUAGCUCGCUGUAGCUGGUUCCGUAUCGUCUUGCCAGUUCUGACCAGUUCAAAGCGCACGCAGAUCGUGCCGCCUGAGGAGCAUGCCCGCGCGAUAGGCUCGCGCGUGGUCUGAUGUGUCUCCAACCAGUAGGCCCAUUUAGAUCCAAACGGGUAUCAACGUAGGUCACCGUAUGAGGCUGAUGGCGAAAGCAUAAAGGUACCCAGAUGGGAGCGCGAAACGCCCCCCAUCAUGAUACCCCACGAAUACCCCCCCAUACCAUGAUGUGCUAUACUUGUACAGUCGUGGAAGUAUGUGGCACCGCGCUGCUUCGCCUUCGCCGCCGCACUCGACGCCGGCCCCGGCGGCCCCGGCGGGGCCGCUGACUCGUUCAACCCCCCAGCGGUGCUUUUUCGCCUUCUUUUUUUUUCUCUGUUGUAGUGCUCGGGCUCGUAGAGCUAUAGGGCCCUCCUGCCAGGAGUGAGCUUGUAGAAUUGCCCGCGUUUAGCGUAGGCUAGCCGCGCCAUCUUGUACGGAGGGAGAUCCCGCGCGCGGCUAGCUGCCAGUAGACAGCUUCGCCGAAAAGCUGGGAGAUUUAUUCUUACACCAUGACGCGCCGCGCGUUAGAGUCCAGGUCCUUGGGGUUUUUUGGAAAUGGUCUGGGUGAGAAGGGCGCCGGGGCUGUUCUGAAGCUGUGCCGCUUGGCUGUUUGCCAAACGCGCGCCGCCCGUUCGGGUGGGAUGGGCAAAGCUGUGCGCCCUUCCCUAGUGUGGGCCAGUUCUGCUGGCUCGUUGUCUUCUUCUUUUUGCUGUCUCUGUAGCGUAGGUGACUCGCUGCGGCGCUCGAGAUCGGGCGGAAGCUUGGUGGCCUUCUUGUUCGUGGGUGGUGUUUCUUUCUCGCCUGGAGGCUAGUUUACCCGCCGGAACAUUGCCACAAGCCGGCGGCGGGCUGGACUAUGAGAAGCAGCCUUUUUGAAAAAUAACAAACGCCGAGCCCUCUGGUCUUGUUUCUGAGUAACAAACGAAGUACUUAAGGGUAAGGCGCGAGAGGGCUUAUAGCUCAAUGGCCCGCGGUCUAUGGACGUGGAGUCCAUUGACGCACUUCGUGAACCCUUUAAAGUGUAGACGCGACCUCUUUCAGUUGAAGCCUGAAAAGCAUGGGGGAGAGUGCGUGCAUGCUGUUGCUGUUCGUCACUCAUGUGACUGGCCUCAGUGGUUCAGCUUGUUGGCCUUUUUCUGUUGUUCUGAGCUUGGCUGGGAUCUUCUUGAUCUUCUCGCUUAUCAUUUUCAUCACGGCCAUGCAUGAGGCUCAGAAAAGUGCAACACUUUGAGGCCCAUGAAGUUCGUGGCCUUUUACUUUUUGCUCAUGAACUUAAGAACGCACAGACUACUUUGGGGGCCUUCUGAUCAUAUGAUCACCCAUACUGGGAUCGCCUUGAUCUUGAGCAGUUUGAUAUUCAAAGUUUGAGCGCUGCUUCUAAUCAGAAAACAUGUGAGCCGUCGCAAGCACCGCCGGAGGAUAAUGUGGCGCGCGUUCUUGAUCCUGUUGAAGCGGAGGCGGAGAAGCAUCUGAAGAAACACACGGAUUUGCAUCGGCGGCUGGGGAGCGAGUGCGAGUACGGCUCCUUCUAUGGGAUUUAUGGCUGUCUCCAAUCCAUCUCUGUUGUAAUACAUUUAGGGAUCGAUCCCUCAAGAGCAAGUAGAGUCGUUUAGGUAGGACAAAUGCUAAGGGUAGUAGAAAGUAUUCACCUCCUUGGCGGAGGAAGAUCCCCACAGGAGAGAUGAACUAGGGGUAGCUCGAACAGACCGCGGAGAACAAGUUUGAGAAUAUGCGGAAAUUGCUAGCGGAAGGCGAGGCUGCGAAGGUCGGCUUUUCGGAGAUCAAAACGAGCCUAGAAACGAAGUCGCAGGAAUUGGCGAAUGCUCACGAAGAACUAAAAAGGAGGCUGAAAGUUAAGGACUAUCUACAGCAAUACGACAAUAUUUCGUAGGAAGAUGGGAAAAUAGCCACAGGAUGGAGGUGGGUGAGGAGAGUGAAGUACACACUUCAACUUUCUAGCUUUCCCCAUCUAUGGUGGUAUGGCUUGAGGAUGAAGAGCCUCAGCGCCAGAGUACCCAGUUGGGGCGAGUUGUCUUGCAGCUGCUGGCCAGGAACUAGACAGGGGCACGCCUGGCGGCAUCGUUGGCGCAUGGGUGUCACUGGGGCAGGCUCUAGAAGUGUGCCCGCGCAAGGACAACCCGGGGCCGGCGUGCUAUCGCCUCGGGGAGGGGGCAGCGGUAGAGGCCUCUGAGGUAGAGCCGAGAGGCUGGGCCUUGUUCUUGCCACGGAUAUCGUGACGCGGUAACUCUGGUUUUGAGCUAUUGGGGGCUGUCAUGGAGUGAGGGCAGAGGUGUGGAGCUUGUUAGGCUUGCUUGCCUCUUGGCUCGGCUAGGUUCUCUGAGUCUGAUCUGGGCACAGUGGUGCCCAGUGAAAGAGGUUUGCUGGUCAGGUGUGUCAGUGCUUGAAAGCAUGGUGUCGGUUGUGCAAGGUGGCAUGGAUGGCGCCACCGCGCCGGGCAGCACACUAGCGAGGAGGGUGCUGACGCCUCAUCGUGCAGGAGGAGCGGCGAGGACGUGGCCCGAGGUGUCCAACGGGUCCCAGACCGUGUUCGGCUGGGUUGUGAGGGGGGGGUACUCCGCUGCUCGUUGUAGAAGCUCGCGAGAGUGCUCUCGUCUUGGCUGGACUUUGGUAGGGUCGACAGCUUUGCUGUUACGUUGUAGGAACCGCUGCCAGAUUGGUCUUGGGUGCGGUGCGUAGCUCCGCUGUUCUCAGCGCUUGUGGCCACAGCGACCAAUGCGCGGGGCGCGUGCGUCUCGACUGGACUAUGCCAGUGGGUGUUCCGAGUUUUCUGCUGCGGCCGGCUAUUUGCCACCGUGAGUUCGGUAAACUAAAGUAUGCAUAGACGCUCCAUCGUUUCUAGCUGUAGCUCUGGGCUCUAACUUCGAUCAAAUGGAUCGACGUCGUCAUCCUCUACUGGAGGCGCUAGAGAAACAAAAGCAAGUGGGUUUUCAGCAUAGGAAGAAUUUGAACAAGGAACUGCGUUUGCUGGACGCUUGGCAACGCUGGAACUCAGCAGCCAAAGACGAGGUGGACGUUAAGGGCUCUCUCGUCUUAUAGGUGUGAAGAGGCCGACCCCAAGUAACCCUGUGUGUGUGUAGUUAGUAUUUUUAUAGUAGACGAGCACCAUGAUCUCGUUAAUACUAUAGACGAGCACCAUGACCUCCUACUUGCUGUUCACGAAAUCCAACUGUUGAGGAAGUCUAAUUGUCUAAAACUGUAGAGCUUCCUGAUUAUUCAACCUGCUGUUGAAUUUGUAACUAAUCAAGAACUACUUAGAAAUGUAAAAAUAUAUAAUUUGCUUCUAUCCUGAAUCUUAGGGGACAUAUAACAGAGUAGUUUAUAGCACGCAUGGCGCAUGGAGUGCAUGGAGCGCAGAUCUUUAAGGGGCGCAAGAAGCUCCCCCUUUAGCUCCAUGCUACUCCGUGCGAUCCAUGCACUCCAUGCCAUGCGAGCUGUGAAACAUUAUAAAUUGCUCUGAUGUAAUACGUUGCUGCUGGUUUCCCUUUCCCUUUCCCUUAGUACUGAUACUAGGAUCGUCUUGAACAGUUUAUAGUUUGAGCACUUCUUCUAAUCAGAAAAAAUGUGAGUCGCCGCAAGCGCGGUCGAAGGACAAUGGGGAGCUUGAUCUUGCAGCGAAGGCGAGGAGGCACCGCCAGGAGGACAAUGACAGGAAUUUGGAUAAGCGGCUGCGGGAGGCGAUCACCGAGGUGCAGAAAAACCUCUGCAAGCAGCCCGAGAUUUAAGGCUGCCUCCAAUCCUUCCCUAUUCUAAUAAAUAGGAAUCGAUCCCUCAAGAGCAAGAAUCGUUUAGGAGGUACAAGAAUAGAUACAAACGAUAGAGUAGAAGAUAUCCACAUUCUUGGCGGAUGAAGAUCGCCACAUGAGAGAUGGAUUAGGGGUAGCUCUAACAGACCCCGAAGGAAGAGUCUGAGGGAAUAGCUAAGUUGCUAGCUGAAAGCAAGGUUGCGGACUCCCUCCUUUUGGAGAUCACAGAGGACCUAAAAGAGGAAUGGAAGAAAUUGGAGAAGGUCCACGAGGAACUAAAAAACGUGCUGCAAGUUAAGGACUCUCUAGAGCGAUAUAAUAAAGAUUCGUAGGAAGAUGGGAAUAGCCACACGAGGAGUUGGAGGAGAGGAGCUACUAUAGUUUGAAACUUUGAAUUGAUUGAUUUACAUCUCGAAGGACAAUACAGAGGCCAGCACUACCUGAUGAUGAAAAAUAUGUUGCAUAAAAAGUAUGACAUUGAUUGACUUUGAGCAACAAUUGACUAACUCUACUUCCCCUCCUGGGGUCUUCAUCCCCUCCUGAGCUAGUCAACGAGACUCUGAAGUGUAUUUGAGUUCCUCCUCUAAGACAGUUUGUGAGCGUAAGCCGAGCCAAUUGUCAGAGGACGAGGCGACCACCGCGACGACAGAAAGUGAGGUCACGACUGUUGAGGAGAAUGAGAAGCACCAGAAUGAUUAUGACUACCGCGAAAGCAUUAGCAUUCGGAGCAUUUUUAAGGUCCUUGAUGGCUCUUUUCUACGGGAAAAUGCAGUCAACAAGGAUCCUCUCCGGGAUGCGAGCGCGGUAGUGCUAAAAACAUCAGCUGCAGCCGGGAGAGCCUGUCGCGACACAGGCGAGCGCUCUGACAGAGGAAGAAGAGGUCGCCCCAGGUGCGGCGGCAGAGCCUGUCGUGACACAGCCGAGCGCUCUGAAAGAAGAAGAAGAGGUCAUCCCAGGUGCGGGGGCAGGAGCAUGCCUAGGCUGUAAUCUACGAGGAAGUAUAAAUAUUAGAAAUAGAAAAUGAGCCGCCAAGAGAUGAAUCAGCCAUCAUGACGAAUUAUCAUAUUAAUAUAUGGGAUUAUAAUAUUUCACAGACCUCUAUUCUUUUAACUGAAUAUUUUCUAGUAGUACUAGUACCAGUACGUAGAAAUCACAUCCUGUUGCAGGAGCUUCCGAGAAUUAAUACAAGUGACUUCAUCAGCUUCUCAAGAAACGACCCGACUUGACCAACUAAGUACAUCCACAUGAGCUACUACGACCGGACUUGAACAAAUUUUCUAUCAAUGCAGUGUGAGGAUUCCAGUAUCACCGUGAGGAUCCCAAGACGACCUUCUAGAAGAGGGAAUAAGCAUACACGAGCAGACUAAGUAACUGUCAUUGUUGUGGUCUCAGACUCAGAUAAGCAUCAGAUAAGCAUGAGUCGCAGGCUACACCUUCACGCUUGUUUCUAACAACUCAAAUGUACAUAGCAACAACGUCUAAAAUCUACUUGCAUAGCAUGAUCAACAUUCUACUUAUUUAUUAUAUAAUUCGAAGUAAAAGCAGUACUAGUUAUUGUUGGUCAAGGUCAUAAUCCUAAUGGAUUCACAAAGAUCACAAGGAUAAAGAUCAGCAAAAUGACCAAGAUCGCCAGGCAAAAGGUUACCGGAGCACCAUCCAAACGCCCGACGGGUUUACCGUCGCGCGGGUGUCUCUGGCUUCUCCUCUCUCUCUCGUUUGUGGCUCAAGCCUCCCAAUACAGUCAAGGACAAAACAACACCGGAAUGAUCUCAGAGAUAACCUACAGACCUAAACGCAUAUAGUUCCAAAAUCAGUGAUCAACAGGCAAAGGACCUUCAACGUAUUCAGACAGUAGAAAUGACGAAUGUUUCAUAGCUGUAAUCAGGUCCAUAACGUCUUGUCAAGUUCUGAUCAAUGAUGAAUGCCAGUGCAUGAUGAUCGUAUGAAUCAAUGACGAUAGCAUAAGCGUUUCCAUAUGAAGGCUUUCCCAUGCAACACGAUAUCCCAAUGAUGAAGCUAAGGCUUCCUCCUUGUAACCCCAAUGAACAUCCACAGGGAUCAAAGCAGCCAGAGAUCAUUAGUCUCAGGCUGUGAGUGCAAAUUGUGAAAACUGUAUCACUCUCAAGCGUUUCUCACCGAGGAACUAGACGCGACUUAACAGUCUGUGUUCGAAUGGUCCAACACUACUUUGACCCUUGAGCUUAGUAUAGAGUAGAAAUCCAUCUAGAAACAACUUUUCAAAAUGUCCUGCGAUGCGAAAGAAAUUUCGAAGAAACUCGGACAGAAGUCCGACUGGCGAGCAUGGCAACUUGCCAUACGUCAGGAAGCUAGCCGCCUCGGCCUGCUUCAAAACUACACGAAUGUAGUCGGCAUUCCGGCAGCUCCUCAUGGUAUUCCUAACGGAGUUACCAAUCGGGAGGAAACAAUUCGGCAGAAGUGGCGCAACUUGAAAGAUGCGAUCAUUCGUAGUCUGAAAGGUGCCGCUGCGUCGUUCAUCAACAACCAGAACGAUAAUUGGCAGGUGGAUGCGAUGGAUGCAGGUGAGGUUGUUGUGCUCCUUCGUGAUGUAGGACACUUCGAUCAAAACAACCGUCAGGAACAACGGAUGAAAGUAAAACCGCUUACGGAUGGUGUGUUGAAGUUCCACAACGCGGAUCAGCCUGCAGAUGUCACGGGAUUCCUGUCGAAAGUCCGAGACAUCAUGAACCAGUCGCCCACCGUGUACCCGCCGGAAGCAGGAGUGCCUGAAAGUGACCAACAGAAUGGUGCACUGCUACAGAAGUUGCCCGAACUGUUCUGCAAGAACUUCAAGGCAACGAUCGAACGCAUGCAGGAAGAAGAUGGUCUGACAUUUGACCAGAUUGGUGACCGACUUGAAAAGCGUCUUGCGACGUUGAUCGAGGAGGGAGCCUACAAGGCUGAGAACGAUUCCUUCGGGAAGGCGUUCCCGGUCAAUGUUCAGGAGACCGCGAAUAAACGUUCUCGUGAAGAGGAGGAUGACGAGGAAAAGGCCAAUGAAGGUGGUAAGAUCUUUCUGUCUAAAAGUGCUCUCAAGCGCUUCAAGGCAAACACAAAGAAGAAGAUCGCCGCCGAGGUCUAUGCCUCCAAUUCGAACGGCAAAGGAAAGCCGCAGAACAAAAAUAAUAAAGGUUCUGGAAAACAAGAUACCCGUCCAGUCUGUUGGAUCUGCAACAAACCGGGUCACAAAUCCGCGUCUUGUUGGAAGAAUCCACAGAACCAGGCAAACUGGAACUGGAACACCAAUUCCCAAUCUAGUAGUGCUAUGGGUAAAGGUGGAAAGGGUAAUGGCAUGGUUCACAUGUCCCAAGUUGCGGAGCUGUGGCAAGCUCUCAACGGCGGAAAGCAGAGCUGAGUUGCGGAACCGGUGGAAAGCGGAUUUUGCUCGCUGAACUUGGAUGAAGAUGAGGGUGAAGAAAUAAACGUAAAUAAUACAGGGGAGGUAAAACUUGUGGGACAUAGUCUUUCAACUAGUUCCAUUACUGCAAGAGAAGAAGUUAGUCUGGUUGAUAGCUGUGCAAACAAAUACCUUUCAAGACACAAGGAUGACUUUAGUGAAAUAACUAUGAGAACUUGUAGGAUUACUGGUAGCGCUGGAAGUAAAGACGGAAGAGUAGGAAAACUAAAGUCAAACAUCUUAGGGCUCCAGUAUGGUGUUUAUUAUGAUUCACUACCAAAGGACUUAGAUCGUAUUAUACCUUGGUUAGGUGAAGGGAACUGCUCGCAAUUAGGAUGGGAAUUCAACUUCAAAGGCGCAGGUGGUUGUCUCGUACAUACGGACACCGGCCAGGCCAUACCCAUAAGAAGUCAUCCACGCUUGCAGCUUCCCAUACUUGCAUGCAACUUAUUUAAAGAAGAGACUGAUAGUGGUUAUAUUUGUUCAACAGUAGAAGAAGGAGUCAGUAGUUGUUACCUUACAAGACUCGAACUUCAUAGAAGAUGUGGGCACUUUCAUAUAGAUGGCCUCCAGGUAAAUUGCCCUGAGUGUGAUCUACAUAAAGGCCAACGCGCACCACAUGCAAAAGCUAGAGAUACUUCGAACUACAAACCUGAACCAUUGAAGUUACUAGCAAUCGACUUUGCUGUUGGAAUCAAACCCGUAUCAGUCAGGUCAAAGAGAUGUGUAUUAGUGAUCAUCUGUGAUGUAAUUAAGAAGGUGUUCUGUCGACCGCUUAAGCUGAAAAGUGACUGUGUGGAGGAAAUAGAAGAAGUUAUCAAAGGCAUUCGCCAGGACUACUCCUUAUCACUUGAUGACAAGGUAGUGUGGUUCCUCCGGAGGGAUGGAGAACCUGUCCUGAGCAGUGAUGACAUGACCAAAGUUAUGCAAUCGCUGCGAGUCUCAGACAGUCCGGCUGUUCCUUAUAAUCCGGAGAUGAAUGGGACCUGCGAACGUUUUAUGCGGACUUUGUUCGGCAGUGUACGCACAAUGCUGACUAAAGUUGAUAAACGCCUCUGGUGUUACUGCGUCGAGUACGCUGGUGACUGCUGGGAUCGUUUACCGCAUAACUAUGCAAAAAUGCCUCAACAUGAUGGAAAGAGUCCAAUUGAAAUCUUAGAAGAAAGGACUGGUAGAAACUCAUCGAAGAGUUCAAUCGGCAUGCUCCGCCGAUUUGGUUGUCUAGUUUACUUUCGUGAACAAAUUCAAGCCAACACUCCUGAACCCAAGCUCUCGGCCAAGUACCGCCGUGGCGUCUUCCUUGGACUCUGUCCGAAGUCGUCUGGUUGGUUGGUUGGAACUUUCGCUCAUGACGAUCGUUGCAAGCUUGGACAUCGAUGGGCGGAAUACUCUACCCUAGAUGUAAAGUUCAGAGAGGACUAUCUAAUUAAAAAUAUCGAUUGGCUUUUGCCAGAUCAGAAGGGCAUCUACAUUGAGUAUGACGAACUGGAAAAUCUGCAGAGUGGCGCGUCGUCGCUGGGCUCCCCCUUGCUUGGACAGUCAGUGCAAAGGCUGGAUCAUCAAUCGGGGUUCUCUGGCACGGAGCACAUUCCAGGUGGACCGACCGCGAUUUCCGACGAAUUAUUUAUUGAGACACUGGAUAAAGUAGAGGAAUCCAACGCAGCUGACUCUCCAAAAGGUGUUUCACUUGAGGAGGGGAAUGCUGAAGCGAAGGAUCGCGAGACAUCUGCUCCGCUAAGUCCGUCUAAGUCGAAAGCGCCUUCUCCAGCACGUGUUGUGGCAGGCGAACGCCGUACACACGUCAAGAAGCGUGGCCGACCAAAAGGAGCGAAGGACAAAGCAGGCAGCAGGGUUCGAAGAACAAAGAAACAGUUAGAAGAACUGAGAAAGAAUGUGGCGCUGUUCGCUAGUGCAGUAGGUGGCACGUGUGAAUUAGACGAAGAUGAGGAAUUCGUCGAAUCAUAUGUGAUUUUGUCCGUUGCUCAAGCACUCAAGUCUCCUGAUGCCGACAAAUGGCGGGAGGUUAUUGACAAAGAGCAUGCGAGACUGCUAGCCUUUGAGACGUGGAAAGAAGCUUCUGACGAGGAGCUUGCGACCGCGCGACAGGCUCUACCAAUUGCCAUAAUUCUAACUAUUAAAAGAUGUGGAAGAUACAAGGCUCGCGCUUGUGUCCUCGGUAAUCUAGAUCGUUCAGGAGAGCUAAACACCUUUGCUCCCGUAGUUUCACACGCCGCUAAUAGGCUGCUCCUGACAUCUGCUGCGUCAGAACAGGACUAUGUGAUCCCGUUCGAUUUAGAUUCUGCGUUCCUCAAUGCUGAACUCGAUCGCGAUGUCUUCUGCCGUCUCCCACCCAUCUGGGCAGAGAAGCAUGGACGCGAGAUCGUGAAGCUCAAGAAGGCCUUAUACGGCUUGAAGGACGCACCACGAGCAUGGUUCAAGAAAUAUCACGACAUACUAGCCAGUAUUGGCUGGGAGCCGUGUGAUUCUGCGCCAGGCUUAUGGAGAAAGCCGAGUGCGAAGGUACCUGGGAAGUUCCUCAAGAUGUCAGUCUAUGUUGAUGACAAUCUUGCAACGGGUCCUGAUCUUGAUGAGCUCAAGACCGAACUAGAACUCAUCUUCUCGCGUGCCCCUGGCCGUGCGAUUGAUGUGGAGUCCGUUCCAACCCCUUGGGGUCAAACGUGGCUCAGGUUCGACUUCUUAGGUGCCAUCGUGUACUACUGCCGUGAAGCUCGAACAUUUCGGCUCAAUAUGGAGGAGUACAUUGAUAAAAUCGCAAAGAAAUUCGAAAUUGAUGUCGGAAAACCGGUUUACUCGCCCAAUUUUGACGAGUCGGCUUUUCUUGAGGAGGGGAUCAAGAUAGUCGAAGGGUAUCCCUUUCGUGAGGUAGUUGGUGCCUUGCUAUGGGUAGCUGUAACCGCGCGCCCGGACAUUUCUGUACCGGUGGCAGCAUUGGCUAGACAUGUCAGCAAACCCGCGUCAACAAGAAUGGUUAAAGCAGCCAGAAAAGUGCUAAAGUAUCUGGUGACAACGAGAGACCAAGGACUGGAAUACUCACCAGAACAAGAAGAAGAAUUCAAUAGAAUCUAUUCAAAGUUACUACCUGAAGGCAGAGAUAUGCCAGAGGUGAAUAUCUUUAGUGAUGCAGGUUUCGCCAACUGCGCAAAGACUAUGAGAAGUACAAGUGGAUCGAUCAUGUAUUUCAAAGGCGUUCCAAUUGCUUGGAGAAGUAACCGACAAACUGUCCGUGCCUACUCUACGGCUGAAAGUGAAUAUAUUGCAGCUUCUGACACUAUCGUGCUUAGUGAACUGCAUGACUUUACAGACUUCUAUAGGCCUCUACCAACUCAGUUGGUACACACACAGAACGGCUUGUCUCCCUCUUUAGACAAUGCUGUGCUCUGGAUCGACAACCAAUCCGCGAUCACAACAGCCAAAGCAACUGACACACGCCCGAAGAGUCGCCAUUAUGCACUUCGCUACUUGCGUGUGCGUGAUGCGGCCAGUAAGAUAGUUUUCUGUCCAACUAACUUAAUGAAGGCUGAUGGCUUAACUAAGUUAGAAUGUAGUUCGUCUCAACGUAGACUACUACUUCACCAUAUAGAUAACCCGAUAACUAAAGUUGAGUAUGAUGAUUGUGAUUCCUCAGACGAUGAAACGAAUGGGGAUGAUUUAGUCUACUAUAGCGUAGUAUAUUCGGUUUAUUUUGGUUUCUAGCCAAGUAUACCGUAGCCAUAAAACAGUAGCUAGGAGAUAUGAUUUCCGUGGUAGUCCAGAGACUAGGGACGUCGACACGCAACGAUUGAGGAGGGGUGUUGGUCAAGGUCAUAAUCCUAAUGGAUUCACAAAGAUCACAAGGAUAAAGAUCAGCAAAAUGACCAAGAUCGCCAGGCAAAAGGUUACCGGAGCACCAUCCAAACGCCCGACGGGUUUACCGUCGCGCGGGUGUCUCUGGCUUCUCCUCUCUCUCUCGUUUGUGGCUCAAGCCUCCCAAUACAGUCAAGGACAAAACAACACCGGAAUGAUCUCAAAGAUAACCUACAGACCUAAAAGCAUAUAGUUCCAAAAUCAGUGAUCAACAGGCAAAGGACCUUCAACGUAUUCAGACAGUAGAAAUGAUGAAUGUUUCAUAGCUGUAAUCAGGUCCAUAACGUCUUGUCAAGUUCUGAUCAAUGAUGAAUGCCAGUGCAUGAUGAUCGUAUGAAUCAAUGAUGAUAGCGUAAGCGUUUCCAUAUGAAGGCUUUCCCAUGCAACAUGAUAUCCCAAUGAUGAAGCUAAGGCUUCCUCCUUGUAACCCCAAUGAACAUCCACAGGGAUCAAAGCAGCCAGAGAUCAUUAGUCUCAGGCUGUGAGUGCAAAUUGUGAAAACUGUAUCACUCUCAAGUGUUUCUCACCGAGGAACUAGACGCGACUUAACAGUCUGUGUUCGAAUGGUCCAACAGUUAUACAUGUUGUACAUAUUAGAGCACGUGUUUUCUCUUUAUCUGCAUAUACGAACGCAAACUUUGAGGUUCUAUCACCAGGAAAAAUGGCCACUAG